UCACCAAACAAGAGGCGCGCUGCGUUUCAUACCUCUACGGCUCUCGCUCGGAAGACAAUCUCUUUCUCUUGUUGUCAGCCCAAAGUCCUCGAAGCUCUGCUCCCGACCAAUAUGGCUCUCGUCGGCGUGCUUGCUUUACAGGGUUCUUACAAUGAACACAUAGCAGUGCUGAGAAGGCUAGGAGUGAAGGGCGCGGAGAUAAAGAAACCAGAGCAACUUGACACAGUGGCCUCACUUAUAAUUCCGGGAGGAGAGAGCACCACUAUGGCUAAGCUUGCCGAGUAUCAUAACAUGUUUCCUGCUUUGCGUGAGUUUGUUAAGAUGGGGAAGCCUGUUUGGGGAACCUGUGCUGGGCUUAUUUUCUUAGCAAACAGAGCUACAGGACAGAAAAUAGGAGGACAAGAACUUGUUGGAGGACUGGAUUGCAUGGUUCACAGAAAUUUCUUUGGCAGUCAGAUCCAAAGUUUUGAGACAGAACUUUCCGUACCAGAGCUUGCUUCGAAGGAAGGUGGUCCUGAACUAUGUCGUGGAGUUUUCAUCCGUGCUCCUGCAAUCCUUGAGGUAGGCCCGGAAGUUGAAGUCCUCGCUGAUUAUCCUGUCCCAGCUAAUACGUGGAAGAAUUCAAAUCCUGGUGUUGAAGGUCUCGAGGAUAACUCUGGGUCUGAGAAGAAAGUGAUUGUAGCAGUCAGACAAGGGAAUUUGCUAGCAACUGCUUUCCACCCUGAACUGACAGCAGACACUCGAUGGCAUAGUUACUUCUUGAGGAUGACAACUGAAACCGAAGGGGCCUCAAGUAGCAUUGUUGCUGUUGGUGCAGAUCUUAAUUCAAACCAACAAACAAAGAUUGACCUCCCUGUAUUUCUAUAGUGGAGAUGAGAUUUGCGGUCAAGCUUAUUUCCUAAUUUUUUGAACUUAUACACUCUUCUCAGUCUGUUUUAUCUGGGUUUUAUUUUUUGACAUUUUGAUGUAUAAUAUCCGUUAAAGGGUCAUUAAUUGUGACCAAGUAUUUGUCAUGUGAUUUCUGCGACUAAUUUAGUUGUAGGGC